AUGGCUACUAAUCUGACCUAUCCUACAUUCUGUCUCCCUAGCGAUCCAGCCAGCAUCUCUAUCUACCAUAGCGACGUUGACACGUCAGAUCAACUCAUUUCUACUGUUUUCGAAGACAACGGCUUGUUCCAGGAACAUAUUUCAACCACGCCACUUCCAAAAUUGCGGAUUGUCUCUAUACACUCCAGGUCAUCAAUCAAGCCGCUCCAAAUAUCAGAGGAUGCUCUCUCGGAGCUCAAGAAGGUAUAUAACAUUGGGGAUGAAAUAUGGGACUUGACUUCGACAUUCGGAGAUAAGCCCAUGACUGCAGCUGUCGGUGAAGGAGCAAUGAAAGUGCAACGUAGUGAGAAUGGCAUUCGAGAUAUCUCUUACAGAAUCACAUUUCCAGCGUCGGCGCGAGCGGGAACUCACAAUUGGACUAUGCGCCAGAUUGGUGUUUUCCAUCACCAUGAUCCUAAUGACCUUCAAAACCUGUGGAUCUUUUUUCAUGUCGGCCCUAAUACACCUCUGCAGAAAGAAAUCCAGCAGUAUGCCUCACUGUCGCAGCAGGGGCUACGCUCGGAUCAUACUUGGCUGACACUUCAUUCUUCGGUUUUCUCUUUUUGUCUGCAUAAUUGGCAGUCCUACGUUAAAGAUCUAGGUCAUGAUGUGGACAAACACGCUGAUAGAUCACUUGACUUUAUCUUGAGAAACAUCGAUCAUUUUCUAACCGCCGGAGGUGACACCAACUUAACGGCAAUUCACAACACACGCGACCUUCUUGUGCCCACGUCAUACAGAUUAAGAGUGAUAUUGGACACCCUUACAAAACUCGGUCAUCUGAGCAGUGUUUUGGCCUCUCAGCAUAACGACGCAGACAAUGGCUUCCAAAAACUUGCCGCGUGCAUGGCAUACCACAAAAACCGUCUGGGGGAGGUUGUUAUUGGGGUAGACGUGCUGAAGGAAAAGAUCAAGGAUAUCUUAAGCAUGACUACAUUAGGGCUGGAUUACAGGAUGACCAGCCAGAUGCUUGACCUCAACAACCGGAUGGUUGAAUUAAAUAACCGCAUGCUUAAUGCUAAUGAGCAGCUGCUCCGAAUCGGAACCAAGAAUUUCGAUGACAAUGCAACGGUUAAGGUAGUCACUAUCAUGACGCUUAUAUACUUGCCUGCAAGCCUUGUGUCGUCUUUUUUCGGCAUGAAUUUGUUCAAGUUUGACGAUGGGACAACUGAAGAACUCAAAGUAUCUAAGCAAUUCUGGAUCUUCUUUAUUGCUACCAUAAUCUUGGCAGUCAUCACAAUCAGCACAUGGUAUCUAUGGACCCACAAGGAGCAGGUUCGAAGGCGGAAGUUCCGCCUGCUGAAGCGUGAACCACCGCAGGAUGCUGAUAAGGCGCCGGCUGCGGCCUGA